UUGAGGUACGGAAGUAGCUUGAAAGGCAGGUAAACCCGUGGUUAAAACACCGAGGACGAGGAACUGUAUGACAUUUAAAAGAAAAUGAAUUAUAUAGGCACAUGACCAAGCUUCUUAUAUUCCCCCGAAGAUGCUGUGUUUGGGUGGAAAUGCUGCGAGGUCGUCAAUGUCUUUACGAAAGCUGUGCGUCCUCUCCCUGCUAAACCUGAGACAUCGGUUGUGUUGUUGCCCUGUGCAGUUGUGGAGUGGAGGUCAACGCAGCGGCGCCAUUCGCUGCCUCUCUGCAGGACCAGAUUCACAUGCUGCUCCCCCACUGACUAACUCCUCUGAGUGCACUGACCCAGAACCCAGCCGCAGUACCUCUACCUGGUCUCCUGACCAGGGUCCGCCGCCUGCUCCCACCCACUGCUGCAUGAGUGGCUGUCAUAACUGCGUGUGGAUCGAACAUGCAGAGCAGCUGCUGGCGUACUACCACGACGGAGGCGACCGGGCGCUCGCCGCUAUUGAAGAGAACGUCCUCGACGAGAACCUUAAAACCUACCUGAAGAUGGAGAUUAGACUUUUGAAAAAGACGUGACUGAUGCAUUAACUGCCAGCGGCUUCGACCACAGUGUUGACAUGGAAUAUGUUUUGAGUAGGCAUGCACCCAGAUGACUUUUUCACUCCCAAACAUGAUGAAACGUGACAAUUUCAUGUUAAAAGCUGUCUCACAGGGCUCAUUAAAUUUACAUUUUCCUCCUGCUUUCACACCACACAUCAAUUUUCUCACCCGGUGAAUCAACUCUCGCCCCGUUGACACGACACCGGCGUACGCCAUGAUAAUAAUCAAGUGAACCCGCUCUCACGUUGUGAGUCCAGAAAGUUGUGAUCAAGUGGUAACGUAACUGGUAUAGUUGCGAUAUAAACAUGUAAAAACUGAGGCACAACCUUGCUCUGCUUGGGACUGUGAGCUGCACUUUAUCAGAGCUGCUGAAGUUGACGUGUGUGUGGAUUUGUGGUGAGAUUUCUGCCUGAUCACAAUCUGUUAAAAUCUCUUCUCAUCUCGA